CAGAGGGCAGUGUGAAACAAUAACGUUUCACAAUCACGCUAUUUUUUAUUUUCUACUUUUAAAUUAACCAAAGGACUAUCUGAAAAUGCGUGCCCCACUUACAAUCAUUUUGACAUUUUGCUUGGUGGCUGCAUCGGAGUCCACGACCGUUUCCGAAAUUCCCACCACUACUGGGCCUGCUACCACUACCGGGCCUGCCACCACUACCGGGCCUGCCACCACUACUGGGCCUGCCACCACCACCGGGCCUGGAACCAUGACCAGGCCUCCCACCACAACAGGGCCUCCCACCACGACCGGGCCUAGCACCACUACCGGGCCUGGCACCCCUACUGGGCCUGCCACCACCACCGGGCCUCCCACCACAACAGGGCCUCCCUCCACGGCCGGGCCUAGCACCACGACCGGGCCUAGCACCACGACCGGGCCUGGCACCAAUACCGGGCCUGGCACCACGACCAGGCCUCCCACCACAACAGGGCCUCCCACCACAACAGGGCCUCCCACCACGACCGGGCCUAGCACCACCACCGGGCCUCCCACCACAACAGGGCCUCCCUCCACGGCCGGGCCUAGCACCACGACCGGGCCUAGCACCACGACCGGGCCUGGCACCAAUACCGGGCCUGGCACCACGACCAGGCCUCCCACCACAACAGGGCCUCCCACCACAACAGGGCCUCCCACCACGACCGGGCCUAGCACCACUACCGGGCCUCCCACCACAACAGGGCCUCCCACCACGACCGGGCCUCCCACCACUACCGGGCCUGCAAAUACAACAGCAAAUGGAGCCUGCUCUUCAAAUCCAUGUAUUGGAAAUGGAAUCUGCGAAGAGCGGUCUGGGGGUGAUUAUGUUUGUGUCUGUCGGCUUGGGCUGGUUUACGAUAACACCACAGGCUGUACUGAAGCAAAGGUUUUUCCUGGUACUUUAAGUUUGAACAGAGAGUUUGAUAAAGGAAUGGAGGACAAGGCAUCUGCUGUGUUUAAAAAAACAGCUGAAGAUAUACAGAAUGAGCUCAGAGAGGUUCUCAAAGGCGAUGGCUACAUUCGUUCCAUAGUUCUGAGUUUGAGUGAAGGCAGUAUAGUUGCAGAGGUGCAGAAUUUCUAUCAGGUUUCAUCCAGUGCCACAACAGAGACAGUUAGCAGUUCAAUUCGUAAUUUAAAAGAUUUUGAAUCAUUCAAUGAAAAGUCUGUCUGUGUAAUUGGAUACUGUGAUAUUAGUACCACCACAGACUGUGAUAGUGGUGCUGGAAUUCCAGUGUGCACUUGCAGAGAUGGGUAUAUCAAAUCCGAAUUCACAACUCAGUUGUGCAUUUCUUGUCCUGAAGGGGAAAAAGCAGUUGAUUCAAAAAAAUGUGAAAAGUGUCCUUUUGGCUUUUCUGGAUUUAACUGCAACAAUCCUUAUCUUUUGAUCGUGGUUGUGGUUUCCAUUGGGUUCGGCGUGUCGAUCAUAAUUUUUGUGACCCUGCUAGUCGUGAAAAGCAGCAAACCAAAAGAAAGCUCCCCGUCUAAAAAAGAUUUGAGCCCACAUGGUAAUGUGGAAAUGUCUAAACCUGCGGGAGUUCCCAGGAUCCCCCGAGCCAAUCCUAAUUCAGAUUGGCAUACUACAAAUUUGGAGAUGACCAAUACUGGGAGCACUCAGGCACUGGUGAGCAAAGAUCAGCUAGAGAACAAAGCAUACAAUCAUUAUGAUAAUGAUGACGAUGACGUGAUGUACAAGAAUCCAGAUCCUCCACUGUACUCCAGGAUAAAGAAUGUGGAAAAUGGCGGAAGAGGCGCUCAAAACCCAUAUUAUCGGUUUGAUGAUGAGAGAAUGCGCAGAUAUUAGCAGCACUGGACACAUUCCUGGACCAGGACUUACUUUUUUACAUGACCAAAAUUUCAAGAUAUUACAAACAGACUUUAGAUUUUAGGAACAGAAUUCAGAUUUUCUCUGCAUUUCAUUUUAUGGUAUUAACAGCUCAUGAAGUUCAGCUUAUGUAUUUACUCUUGUAUAUAUGCUUUUGGUACAUUUAAAUAUUUAAACAAAAUUGAGCAGUGAGUAGUUAAAAAAAUGAACUAUAGCUGUUUUGCAGAAAUAUGCAUAUACUUUCUUUUUAUACAGACUAUCAAUGUACAAGCGUUCAUGUUUUUGUUUAUUACAGCAACACAAUUGAAUACAUAUCCAUGCUUUUAAUUAAAUCUAAAAUGUUUGCUUAUUUAUUAAAUGUAAUUAUGAGGUAAUGAAUGUUUUUAAUACUUGGGCUGGAUCUCAGGAUUACUAGGUGAAUCAAAUUUCUCAUAAUCAGAUUUUCAGUAAUCCCAGGUGGUAUAAUUUAUUCUGGGAUAAAGAUAUUGAACCUGUCAUUUUGAACAGAUUUUCGAUGUCUGUGCCAAUUAAUAUUUUAUUAUUAAAGGGCUAAACCACAAAAAAAAAGAAAUCUGUCAUCAAUACUCCAUUACUCAUGCACCAAGCCUA